AUGAGCAACAAAGACUUGAAUGCAGCGACGUCUUCUUUUAGAGAACAUCCUCCUUCCACAUAUUCCAUCAAGUUUGAGAAUCUCAGACAACUCGAUGACAAAUACGAAUCUCGUCUUUUCGCGGCCGGCGGGUACAAUUGGAGAUUGGUCAUAUAUCCAAAAGGAAACACAAAAGACGAAGGGAGUGGAUUUAUCUCAAUGUAUGUGGAAAUAGAUAGCAAAAAUCUCAUGACAACACCACUAACUCAGGUGUAUGCAUAUCUCAUAUUCUUUGUCUACAACAAGAAAACAGACAAAUACUUUACUAUUAAAGAUACAAACGUGAAGCGGUUCAAUGCACUGAGAAAAGUGUGGGGAUUGUCUCAAGGAGAUCAUUGCGAGUUUGGUGUUGAUUUUUUGGUUGCUCCACCCCUUACCAAUUGGGAAGUCGUCUCCUUUGAUCAGAAACAUCCCAAUUUUAAGUUCUCUUGGACUCUCAAGAAAUUCACUGAGUUGGAAGAGUAUCUUUACGCAUCAAACAGGUUUUCAAUAGCAGGCCGAGAAUGGUGUUUAAAACUGUAUCCUAAGGGCAAUACUCAUGCAGAAGGUAAAUGGGUGUCCAUGUUCCUGCGUCUAAUUGACAGCAAGGGACUUAACGCAGAUGAGAGAAUCUACAUCCUAGCACGUGGUAGACUUCUAGAUCCUCAUGGAUCCAAUCACAUAGAUAGGAAACUCAAAAUCUGGUAUACAAAGGAAAACAAAGGCUAUGGUUGGAGUAAAUUUGGGCGUUUAGAUAAAAUUCGGAAGGCUUACUUGGACAAAGAGGGAUCUUUGAAGGUAGAGAUUGAAAUUGUAGUUGUUUCUACCACCAAAUACUCUCCUAGCAUCUAA